AUGACGAAGCAUCAUCCAAUGCUGCUCUUCCUUGGCCUAGCUUUGCUCGCCCUGCAGCCUCUGAUCGCGGCCGCAUCACGGCGGCCGCCGCCGUCGCCGCUGUGUCCGAAGAAGUGCGGCAACGUCGACAUCGAGUACCCGUUCGGCAUCGGGCCAAACUGCUCGCUGUCCGACGAUUUCAGCCUCGAGUGCGUCCACGACACCCCGCAGCUUCGCCUCGGCACCGAUCGGCAGCAAGUGGUGGUGGCCGUGCUCGACAUCAACCUGCUCCACGGCAAGAUCCGGAUUGCCAACAGCAUCUCCUGGCAGUGCAAGGACGAGAACGACCCAACCGGCGCCCCGUUGAAGAACAGCUCGUGGAUGGGCCUCGACGUGACGGAGCUGCCGUACCGCUUCUCCUACGAGGACAACCAAUUCGUCACCGUCGGCUGCAACGUGCUCGUCUUGCUAUCCGGAGAGGAGGCGUCAGUCGACCCGAUCCUGAACGUCUGCAUGUCCACAUGCUUCGGCAACGGGAGCAACAUCAGGAACGGCUACUGCUCUGGCGCGGGAUGCUGCGAGAUGGCCAUCCCCGUGGGACUCAAAUCCUACCGGCUUGAAUUCAGCGGGCCAUUAUUAUUUAAUAACAGCUGGUCGCCGGACAAUUACACCUGGUGCAGCCACGCCGUGUUGAUGGAGGCUAAAAGCUUCAGCUUCGAGAGGGACUACGCGACAACCGAUAAGUUUUUCAGAAACAAGAACGGCACGGUCCCCGUCGUGCUCAACUUCGCGGCGGGCAGCGAGAAGUGCAAGGAAGCAAGAAUGAAAGAUACCUACGCGUGCGUCAGCGACCACAGCGCGUGCGUCGGCACGGCUGAUGGCUACGUGUGCAACUGCACGAGUGGGUACAAGGGCAACCCCUACCUCCCCGGCGGAUGCACAGAUAUUGACGUAUGUGCUCCUGGAAAUGACGGGUGUCCGGACGGGAUGAUUUGCAGUAAUUUUCCCGGCGGACACAACUGCUCGUGUCCAGAAGGAGAGCACAAGAGCAACAAGAGUGGAGUACUCAUCUGCGAGCCGGACCUGAAACGAUCUUUGCCGGACCUGAAAUUUAAACGAUCUUACCGGCUCCCGGUCUCAGCGAUCAUAGCUAUCGGCGUCACCGGUGGCAUCGCUAUCAUCGUGAUGAGCUUCCUGAGCUCAUACCUAGUACACCAGCGAAGAGCGCUUGCCGACAUCAAGCGCAGCUACUUCAAGCGACAUGGCGGCCUGCUUCUGUACGAGGAGCUGAACGCGAGGAAGAGCAACGCGUUCACCAUAUACACCGAGGAGCAGCUCGAGCAGGCGACCAACGGCUUCGACGAGAGCAACGUCCUCGGCCGCGGCGGCCACGGCACCGUGUACAAGGGCUGGGUGGCUGCAGCCUCCGACGACCUCGUUGUCGCCAUCAAGCGGUGCAAGCUAAUGGACGAGAGGAACAAGAAGGAAUUCGGGAAGGAGAUGCUGAUCCUCUCCCAGGUCAACCACAAGAACAUCGUCAAGCUACUCGGCUGCUGCCUCGAGGUCGACGUCCCCAUGUUGGUCUACGAGUACGUCCCCAAUGGCACCUUGUACCAGCUCAUCCAUGGCGGAUCUGCCGGCGCCAUCUCCUUCGCUUCCCGUCUCCGGAUCGCCCACGAGUCGGCGGAGUCACUCGCGUACCUGCACUCCUUCGCGUCGCCGCCGAUCCUCCAUGGCGAUGUCAAGUCCUCCAACAUCCUCCUCGACGAGAGCAUCAUGGCCAAGGUGUCCGACUUCGGCGCCUCCAUCUUGGCUCCCACUGACGAAGCCCAAAUGAUGACCAUGGUGCAGGGGACGUGCGGUUACCUCGACCCAGAAUACAUGCAGACAUGCCAGCUCACGGAGAAGAGCGACGUGUACAGCUUCGGCGUUGUCCUGCUCGAGCUGCUCACCGGCAAGAAGCCGCUCUGCCUCGACGGGCCGGAUGAGGGGCGGAGCUUGUCGGCGAGGUUCUUGGCCGCCAUGAGGGAGAACAGAGCCGAUUUGAUACUGGAUGAGCAGGUGAAGAGCGAGGCGAGCGGUGAGUUGCUGGAGGAGAUCACGCUGCUGGCUCUGGAGUGCCUGCAGAUGUGCGGCGGCGACAGGCCGGCGAUGAAGGAGGUCGCCGAGAGGCUGGGCGGACUGCGGAAGCUGCACCAGCAUCCAUGGACGCAGGACGUCGUCGAGCUCGACGAGGUGCGGUGUUUGCUCAGCGACUCGCCGGAAAGUAUCAGUUUUGAAGUGGACGCCACCAGUAGUAGCGGAUACUGA